UUCUACUUGUUAACUAAAGUCUUAAACCGUGGAAAAUCCCAAAAUGGAAAUGGACAAGGGGCUGCGACAGUGGCUGCCAGUCGGGACACACCAUUAAGGAAAGAUCUAAUCUGCGCUCCUGAAGAAACUGCAGGGGGAAAUUCCUGAAGGGGACUGCCCCGGAAAUUUCACAACAAGAGUUUCACUUUCACUUGGAGUAACUUUUUUUGUUCUGGAAAAAUUUGUUCAAAGCGCUUCGAGUUUCGAACGGAUACGAAACGUAUCGGAACCGAGCCCUGAAGAAACACUUGGAUCGGGUGAACAGCUGGCCGGCGCGGUGACAUAUUCGAGCACUCCUGAACAAUGGCCCGUGUGACCUCCAGCUUGUCGAAAGCAGAGUUAGAGCUCCUCCAGAUAUUCCCUGAGCCUGUGACAUUCUGCCUCUUGUAUAAGGCCAGUGUCCAUGGAUACACGGCAGCAGCUUUCCAUAACAAAUGUGACAACCAAGGACCAACACUGACUGUGGGCUUCAACAAUUCAGGUUUUGUCUUUGGAGGCUACAUAAACCGAAGCUACGCCCAGACAGGGGGGUACCUGGCUGAUGAAAAGGCCUUUCUAUUCAGCUUCAAGAGGGCCGAACCACAAACAAAGCCACUCCAUAUCGCAGUGACCAAUGCGGCCAAUGCUUUCUACGAUGCUGCAAACAGCGGACCCAACUUUGGGACAAACCUGGUUUUCCUGAACAAUGAUGGGGCAACCAUCGUCAGUAACCCAGGAGAUGUCUACGCAUUUGAUGGUCUGGCUUUGUGUGGGAAUGAUCUGAAUCUGACCGAAUGUGAAGUGUACCGAGUGGAGCCAACUGGAGACAUAUUGGAGAAGCCCUGGAGGACCGUCCAGUGGGGGUUAGAGAAGAAACCACAAAUGAUGGACUUCAUUCGUUCAUACAAGCCUCCAAUCAACUCUGUCACACAAGCUCGGAUUCUACUCAUUGGUCCCAUUGGCGCUGGAAAAUCCAGCUUCUUCAAUUCAAUUAAUUCUACAUUUCGAGGUCAUGUGACCAGCCAGGCAAUUGCUGGGAGUUCUGUGUCCAGCCUGACCAAGAAGUUUCGAACAUAUUCUAUCAAGUCCGGCCGUGAGGGCAAAAUGCUUCCCAUCAUUUUAUGUGACACAAUGGGCUUGGAGGAGACAAACAAUUCAGGAAUGGACCUGGAGGACAUUUGCAGCAUCGUUAAUGGUAACAUUCCAGAUCGAUACCAAUUCAAUCCCUCUGCUCCAAUUCAGCCAGACACACCGGGGUACAUCAAGGCUGUCCAGCUGAAGGACAAAAUCCACUGUGCGGCCUUUGUGAUUGAUGCUUGCAAAGUCAAGCUCAUGUCUGCCAGGAUGGAAGAGAAGCUACAGGCUGUCCGCAGCAAACUGAACCUUCUGAGUGUACCCCAGCUAGUGCUGCUAACCAAGGUGGAUGAGGCGUGCCCUGUGGUGGCUGAGGACAUAACAAAUGUUUAUCGGAGCAGAUUCAUUCAACAAAAGAUCCAUGAGGUUGCAGCACGCAUUGGAAUUCCUAUUUCCUGUGUGGUCCCCGUCCGGAAUUAUUCAGUUGACGUGGAUCUGGAUGACAACACUGAUGUUCUGCUGCUUAACACCGUCGUUCAGAUGCUGCGCUUUGCUGACAACUUCUUUGAUGAUUUUGGUGACUUUGGCUGUGACUGAAGUCUCGUGGUCUUCUCGCCUCUCUUCUGUAUGGGCUGUAGUUGGGAGUCCAUUGGGGCAACAGUUACCCAGAGCACACAACAGCACAGCUUGGCUACUCCAGAUGUAUUGUAACAGUAAUAAAGCUCUGGAGCUCUUUGUUAAGCACAGGACUCCAUUAAAGAGUCCAGCAAGCCAUCUUGGUCCUGAGGGAACAACUCCCCUUGGGAUUAAUAAAGUAUCUAUCUAUCUAACUAAAAGUCAAAGCACUAACUAACUUGGUUGUCAAGAAACUGUAUUACCUUUACUUACUAAUUUGUACUUUUAACUGUUUUUAACAUUAUUUUACUCUGACUGUCAAAAUAAAUGCUUAGAUAUUUCUGUGUAUAAA